UGAUGAGUAGAACUGCGGGAUGAUGAUGAAGGUUGUCCAUCCCUUCUGAAGAUAAAUGUGAGAGCUGUCACAAGAGAGCUGCAGUGUUAUGCAGGAAACUGCCAAGUCCACAGAUCCUGGUUCCCCACAAGUAAGCCUUCUCAUGUGAUAUAAGGAAGGAGUUCCUGGAACCAGGAAUUCAUUCUCAUUGUAGAAGACCUAGCCGAGACUUCACUCCAGAGCUUUGGGGCAGAGGCAGAAGAGACACAGUAGAACAGAUCUCAGUCUUGCUAAUCAUCUUGCACUGGCAACGGAAAAUGACCACAUUACAGGAGGCGUUCUCAUUUGAAGACUUGUCUGUGGAUUUUACACAAAAAGAAUGGCAACUACUAGAUCCCUGUCAGAAAAACUUGUACAAGGAUGUCAUGUUGGAGAACUAUGGAAGCCUUGUGUCACUGGGGUAUGAAAUCAUGAAACCAGAUGUCAUCUUGAAAUUGGAGCAAGGAGAAGAGCCAUGGAUAGGAGAUGGAGAAAUUCCAAGUUCAGACUCUCCAGAAGUCUGGCAAGUAGACAAUCACAUGAUGUGGCACCAGGAUAACCAAGACAAGCUUAAAAAUAUGAAAAGAAGUCAUGAAUAUGACAUAUUUGGAAAAGAUUUCGAUCAGAGCAUGAACUUUGUUCCUCUAAGGAAAUCAAACAAUGAAGGUGAUUUAGAUGGAUUGAUUUUAAAACGUCAUUUAGAUUUGCUUCUUCCAAAAGCAGAUUAUGGAACAACAGAAUCAGAUGACUUUAAUGUAUUUGAUAAACUGUUUCUCCAUACCAGGCCUGAGGAAACUGAUGCUUGGUUAAAAUAUUACGAAUGUGAUAAAUAUGAUAAAGAUAGCUAUCAAAAGUCACAGAUUAUCAUAUAUCAUAGAACUCGUUUAGGGGAGAGACUUUAUGAAUGCAGUGAAUGUAGGAAACGCUUCAGUAAGAAAUCAAGUCUCAUUAAACAUCAGAGCAGACAUAUAAGAGAAAUAGCCUAUGGCUGUGGUAAAUGUGGCAAAACCUUUCCUCAGAAGUCACAGUUUAUAACACAUCACAGAACUCAUACAGGAGAGAAGCCUUACGAUUGUAACCAGUGUGGGAAAGCCUUCUCCCAAAAGUCACAGCUCACAUCCCAUCAGAGGACACAUACAGGAGAGAAACCAUAUGAAUGUGGUGAAUGUGGGAAAGCCUUCUCCCGGAAGUCACAUCUCAUAUCGCACUGGAGGACACACACAGGAGAAAAGCCUUAUGGAUGCACUGAAUGUGGGAGGGCCUUUAGUGAAAAGUCAAAUCUCAUCAACCAUCAGAGAAUUCAUACAGGAGAGAAACCGUUUGAAUGCAGGGAAUGUGGGAAAGCCUUCAGCAGGAAGUCACAACUCGUUACACAUCACAGGACUCACACAGGUACAAAACCCUUUGGAUGUAGUGAUUGUAGGAAAGCCUUCUUUGAGAAGUCAGAGCUCAUUAGACAUCAGACAGUUCAUACUGGAGAGAAGCCCUAUGAAUGCAGUGAAUGUAGGAAAGCAUUUAGAGAGAGGUCAAGUCUCAUUAAUCAUCAAAGAACCCAUACAGGAGAGAAACCCCAUGGGUGCAUUCAGUGUGGGAAAGCCUUCUCCCAGAAGUCACAUCUCAUAUCACAUCAGAUGACACACACAGGGGAGAAGCCCUUUGUAUGCAUUAAAUGUGGGAAAGCCUUCAGCAGGAAAUCCCAGCUUGUUAGGCAUCAGAGAACUCACACAGGAGAAAAACCCUAUGAAUGCAGUGAAUGUGGGAAAGCUUUCAGCGAAAAAUUAAGUCUCACUAAUCAUCAGAGAAUUCAUACAGGAGAAAAACCCUAUGUAUGCAGUGAAUGUGGGAAAGCCUUUUGUCAGAAGUCACAUCUCAUAUCACACCAGAGAACACAUACAGGAGAGAAACCCUAUGAGUGCACUGAAUGUGGGAAGGCCUUUGGUGAGAAGUCAAGUCUUGCAACUCAUCAGAGAACUCAUACGGGAGAAAAACCCUAUGAAUGCAGGGAUUGUGAAAAAGCCUUCUCUCAGAAGUCACAGCUAAAUACUCACCAGAGAAUUCACACGGGAGAGAAACCCUAUGAGUGCAGUCUUUGUAAGAAAGCUUUCUUUGAGAAGUCAGAGCUAAUUAGACAUCAGAGAACUCACACAGGAGAAAAGCCUUAUGAAUGCAGUGAAUGUAGGAAAGCCUUCAGGGAGAAGUCAAGUCUCAUUAAUCAUCAGAGAAUACACACAGGAGAGAAACCCUUUGAAUGCAGGGAAUGUGGCAAAGCCUUCUCUCGGAAGUCACACCUUAUACCACAUAAGAGGACACAUACAGGUGAGAAGCCCUAUGGAUGCAGUGAAUGUAGGAAGGCCUUCUCUCAGAAGUCACAGCUUGUUAAUCAUCAGAGAAUUCAUACAGGAGAGAAGCCUUUUCAAUGCAGUGAAUGUGGGAGGGCCUUCUCACAGAAGUCACAGCUCAUUAAUCAUCAGCGAACUCAUGCAGUAAAGAAAUCCUAGGAAUGCAAUUAAUACAGUCUUUGGCAGAGAUCAUACCUCAUUGUACUUCAGGAAAUGCAAUUAUGGUAAACUUUUUAGAUGACAGUCAAGUUGCAUUAUAUGUCAGAGUACUCCUUUAUGGUGGGAACUCAAUAAGUAAGGUUAUGUAGGGAAAGGUUUCAGCAGGUAAGCCUGCUUAUAUGUCAGAAUUCAUAGAGUAUAAUGAACGUAUGAAUGCAGUGGCUCUCAAAAACCUGUGAAACCUUAGUUAAGCCUUAUAAAGUAGAAAAUUCACAGCAAAGAGGAAUCUUGUGCAUAUGGUGGAUAUCACAAAGCCUUCCAGAGGUCAAAUCUCAUUAGUUAGAAAUAUAAGAAAUAUUCCCACUGGGGAUGAGGGAAAGCCCUAUGAGGCAAUAUUUUCAUCAAGAAGUGACAGCUCAUUGCACAUAAAAUGCCCUUAGGGUUGAAAUUCUGUGAAAAUACGAAGUAAGUAUGGGAUAAUCUGCAGGAAGUAACCCAACUAUAUCAUAUUUUGGAGAAUUCAUAUUGUGGAUAAACCUAAUAAUUUAAAGACAUUGGAAACAGGUGUCCCUAGAAAUGAUACUAUAAAGGGAAGCCAUACACUUUUUACAGACAUGGGUACCAAAAAUACCCAAUUCUAAGUAGUUGACAGAUGUUAACUCUGAGGCGUGAAGCUUAAAAUAUAUGUGAAUAAAUUAAUCAAUGAAACAUCUGAGUAAAAAAUUUUUUAGUGGCACUUAUGGCUUA